ACUGCUGCCUCGAGUUCUCAGUAAUAUAAUCAGCCUGAGAUAUUCGUAGUGAUUGUUCAGUUCCCUUUACACCCCUUCCUUGACCGACAUGUCGACAGACGUCCCGUCGCCUGAAACUCCCUCGUCAUUUGACGUUCCACCUUCAGUUCAUGCGCCAUCGCCAUUUGAUCAUCCAAAGGCAGAUAUCAUAUUACGUUCUUCAGACAACGUCGACUUUCGUGUCUUCAAACUAUUCCUUUCCCUCGCAUCGCCUUUCUUUGAAGCGAUGUUUGAGCUCCCACAGCCCUCACCAGAAAGCAGUGGAGAUGAGGUCAAGGAUGGUUUAGCUGUCAUUUCGGUGACUGAGGAUAGCAGCACCUUGAAUACAUUCCUCAGAUUCUGUUACCCGUCGACUUUGGCGGAGGACCCCAACUUGGAAGAGCUGACGGAUGUGGUGAAGGUAUUGGAUGCUGCGAGGAAAUACUCGUUGGAGUUGAUUGAGAAGAAAGUAGGACAUGCUUUGGGCAGUCCAGCUGUUCUGGAGAAGGAGCCAUUUCGUGCCUUUGCCAUUGCUUGCCACUCCAAAUUGGAGAACGAGACGAGGAUUGCCGCUAAAUCCACGCUGCAUUACUCUCUUAUCCCCCCGGUGAUUAAGGAAUUGGAUCUGAUCACAGGUCGUUGACCUGGAUUGAUAAUCACUAUGGGAAUACGGGUUGCACAUGGCUAACAAGUGGUCAAGAUGCUUAUGGGUACAACCGUUGCAAUUGCUCACGUAGCAGCAAGUACAGGAUCCAACAAAGUUACACUCCUCCAGAUUGGUGGGCCGAAUAUAUGGACACAACUUGGGCCUCCUUGCGGGAUAAACCAUGUGGCGCGACAGUUUUGGGAGGUUUAGAUGCAGCAGUCAGCAAAGCUAGGGAUAGAUGCUCGCACUGUGGCCAGAAUGUUU